UUCGUACACUUACACUCGUUGCAACAUGUUCGGUAUCACAAUCGUUAUAGUGCUUCUUUCCAUAUGCUGCUUUCUUCUGUACCGCCUUCAACCUGGCAGACAGAAUGUGCUUGCCCUGGCGGCCUCACUUCCCCAGGCCUUGAAUCGCUACAUCAACAACACGCCGGCGGAUCCUCAGUCGGCCACGAAGACCAUCAGAUUCCGGUCGAACGUCGAUUCAGUCAUAGCAAGCAAUCCCAAUGUCAUCAUUGACUCGCACGGAGGAGCGUGGUCACCCCAGAGACACAGCGAACUUCUCAAUGCUCCGAGAGCGAGCACAAUAACGAAACCACCACCCACAUUCUCUUUCAGCACUUCCUCGGGUAGCCAGAGACCUCUCGCGGGAUUCUCAUUCAAUGCAUUCCCCGAGCAGCACGCACCUCCUCCAGCUUUCUCGUUCAACGCGCACACUACCCCGCAACAAGGUCUGCCUAAUUUCUCCUUCUGCAGCCUGCCAAAACCUGUAGAGGGACUAUCACCUGCGCCAGAGCCAAACCCCGAGCCAAUGCCACCGAAGCCACCGACACCGCCAGUAGGAAUCCAGUCCGCAUGGAGCACCGGCUUUGAGAUGCGGAACGGGAACGCGAGAAGAGCGCAUGGCAGAACGGCCCCGUCCCCGUCCCCGUAUCCCCAGCCGGUAAUGGCUCACAACGUGCGGUCAAACCAAAGCGCCGCCAUGACCAGGAGAGCGGAGAGAAAUCAAGGUCCGGCGAAGAGGAUGCGCAAAGCCGUUGCGAGGCUGGGAUAUCGGCUUGCCGAGCUGGAUGAUAGCGAUCCGGAGUUUGAGAUGAUACCUACUCCGCAGACCGCUUUCGAGAUGAACCCCACGUCUUCACCAUUAGCUUCUGGCCCAUACGACGAGUACUCACGGCCCACGGCCCCGGUUCAAGAAAACAAGACAGAGGACAAAGCAGGCUCGAUGCGGAAGCGCUGGAGCCACAUGGGGGAAAUGUUCGGCCUCAAUAAGGAAGUGUGGGCGAAACCUCCCGAGAACUUGCCUAUGGCAGACGCGAGCUUGCUGCGGAAAAGCCCUCGUGUGCUGGCAAAUGGUGGGGUGGAAAGAGGGGAACAGCGCAGAAGUAAGAACUCGUGGAAGGGCAGCUGGAGCCUGGGUGGAAGGAAGAGGGAGCGUGAACGGGGAACGUUGUUUGAUAUCAAUUGGGAGCGGAAGGAUCCGAUGGAUGGCGGGGACUUGAAGGGGGAGGAGAACAAGAAGAGGGUGAGAGUGGAUUGA